AUGAUUCGGCAAGACUUCAACCGCAUCGAUCCGAAGAGGCGCAAUGUCGUCGACUAUCGCAAAAAGCAGUUCGCUGCCCCGUCCUACAAGGAGGCUCAAUACCCCCACCGGAUGAACUUCUACUCUACCCCUCCCACAGCAGACAUCACACUAGAACAGUUCGAACAAUGGGCGAUCGACCGUCUACGCGUCCUCGCCGAACUCGAGGCAUGCUCCUUCCGCAACAAAUCACCCGCCGAGACGGCCGCGCACAUGAAGCCGCUGCUCGACAAGUACCUCCCCCUCGAGGCCAACAGCUCCUCGUCGACGCAGCUAUUCGCCCAGCGCCAGCGGGACCACUACGGCCACUACAUCCUGCGGCUGGCCUUCGCCUCGACCGAGGACCUCCGCCGCCGCUUCACCCGCGUCGAGACGACGCUGUUCCGCCUGCGCCUCCAGUCCGACGACCUGGCCGAGCGGGUCGCCUUCGUCCGGGGGCUCGACCUCGACUGGGAGGUCGUGUCCGACAAGGAGAGGCGCGCCCUGGCGGCCGAGCUGGCCGGGUUCGGGGGGAAGAUGCAGGCCGACGAGACCUGGUGCAAGGUGGAUUGGGAGAGGGUGCCAGAUCUGGUAGAGGGGCGGAGGGUGUUCCUUAAGGAGGGGAAGGCUUACGUGCCCUCGAGAGAACAGCAGAGCAUGGUAGUGGCCGAGUUCGCGGCACGGCUGGAACGUGCAUUAGAGGUCACAGCUCGUGCGCUUCCACGGCUCGAUGAAGACGAUCGCCUCACGCCCAUCCUUGACCACCUCUCCAAGAACUUCAUCACCCCCGACGCCGGCUACAGUGGCGGCUCGACGGCGCCAGACGGCGCUGAGAUCACGGCGCGCAACAUCGACAACCUCUCGCAGCACUUCCCCAUGUGCAUGUCGAACCUGCACCGCUCCCUGCGGCGGGACGCCCACCUCAAACACUACGGCCGGCUGCAGUACACGCUCUUCCUCAAGGGCAUCGGGCUGAACCUCGAGGAGUGCCUCCUCUUCUGGCGGCAGAGCUUCAACAAGGUCACCGACGACACCUUCAACAAGGAGUACCGGUACAACGUGCGGCACGCGUACGGCGACGUGGGCGGCGACUCGAACCGCCGCGGCGGCGGCUACAGCCCCUACAGCUGCCAGAAGAUCCUGACCGAGCACCCGCCCGGCCCCGGCGAGGCCCACGGUUGCCCGUACCGGCACUUCAACAUGGAGAACCUGGCCGCCCUGCUGCAGAGCAACGGCGUCACCGACAGGGCCGUGCUCCAGGGGGUGAAGGAGGACAAGGACAGCCAGAAGUUCCACAUGGCCUGCAAUCGUGUCUUCGAACACGUCCACAAGACGGAGCUCAAGCGCGCCAAGGAUGACGGGUUCAUGACGGCAGCACAGCUCGAAACCAUCGUUCAUCCCAACGAGUACUUCAAGCGAAGUUACCUGCUCAAGAACCAGGGCAAGAAGGACCAGCAGGGCAGUAGUGGUGACGUGAGGAUGGAGGGAUGA